AUGGAGGUGAAGUUGCUGGCCAUGCACCGCCCGACCCAUGACUCAGACCGGGAGAAGGAUGGGGAUUAUCCCUUCAGCUGGCACCUUCGCGGACGGAAGCGCAACUGGGAACUCAGGAUGCAGCUCCAGUUCAAGGUGCUUCCCAAGGAGCCUCUGUUCUUUGCCUUGGAGCUGAGCCGUUUCGUGGAGGUGUCGGGUGUCACGCGCCAGGUGCAAAAGGCUCUGGUGGCGGCAUGCCAAGCCGCAGGGGAGUGUUAUCACUCCAAUGGUCAGGACCCCAGCACCCUGCUGGCCGGUCGGGAGUCAGAACCGCCCACCUUCGCCAUGCCUCUCUAUGCCUUUGACCAGUUUGAGGUCUCCAGGAAGGGAACGGAGCCAGACCUGUCGGGUGACCUCGAAUCCAUUGGAAUGCGCAGAAGCGAUGGUGCAAAGAACUACAUGGCGGCCCUGAAGAAGGCCUUAGCCGAGCUCACCACUGAACACGUUUACACCUUCUGCUUCUGGGGUGUGUCACAAUUCCUGGAUUGCAUCCGCUGGGAGAUCACCGGGGGAAUUGUUCCCGGCAUGACGGUGGACUUCAAUAGGCUCUGUGGCUCUCCACCAGUGUACUUCAGCGUCUAUGAGCUCAAAGACUCAGGAAGUGAGAAGCGCCACUUGAAGUCCCGCAAGAGGAGCUACUUCCGAGUAGCGGCCUGGAGUGCAUUGCAACCACCUGCAGAGGCACCUGAGAAACCGUUUACCAAUGCCGACUUCAGCUGGGACGGUGGCAUGGAUUUGCUGGACUUAGAUCCCACACCAGCACCGGCCACGGGUGGGUACGCUGCCGCCGCGCCAAAGACAGCAGAGGCGUCUGUCGACCUGCUGGGGCUGGGAUGA